GUUCAAUCCGCCGGGUCUCUGUACUUUGUUCUUUCCGAUUCGAUUCAGUAACCUAUGGCUUCUCAGUUGGAAGUUUGUUGAUGCUCGAUUGCUGUAGAAAUGAUGGACACUGCAGUGCACACCGUGAGAAAGUUUUCAGAGAGGAGAGGAUGCUCAAAGGCUUCAGGACAUGUGUGGAGAGUGUUUUCAAAAAACAGUUUUCUACGGCUUGAUCAUUAUUGUUGUUGUAAUUUGGUUCUGCGAGGGUGAAGUGGAGCACUGCAGUAUUGCAGUUGUGUGGACCGAGAGGAAGAAGCAUUGCCUGAGCAGCAGAGAAUGUUUGCAGGAGGGCACAUGCAAUAAUAAUCGGUGGAGCCCCUGCUCCUAGUACUUGAGAGCCAGAGCUUGAUCAAAAUUUAGAGAGUUAACUAAAGGAGUUUAACAGAUUAUGCAAAUACUUGGAAAAAACUGUACGAAAUCAGUUUGCAGUUUCUGAUCUUAUAAUGCGCUGAUCGAGCUUGAGUUACAUCCCCCAGUUGAGAUCCAACUACAUCAUUACAAUGAGUUCACAUCGGUCGGUCAACGAAAUAAAAAAAGGCUUUGUCAAUACAUGAGGGCAAGUAGUUAGAGCAGAUAACCUCACCGCCUGCAUUCUAACGAGAUUUUGAACGAUAUAAAUCAAAAGGGGAGUCAAUGCCAUAAUGCAGUUGAAAGGAGGUGUCAGUUACAGAAGUUGGUAGAAUGUAUACUCUACAACCAGCAAAGGCCAUGAGAUUUCAGCAACACUAUCAGAUAAGCAUUACGUCAUCUCUUAUGAUACUUUGCAUCUUCAUAAGACACAUCACAGAAUUAUUCAGAGGUUGCAUUUUCCGACCAAUGUUCACUGUGAACAGUGUUGUCUCCACUCUUUUUCUCGAUCCUCGGCUCCCAUAAUUUUACUCGUCUGAGAUUUUUGGGUCAAAAUGUAAAAGGGUCGGUCAAUUAAAAUCCCUACCAAUCCCUUCUCACUACCCACAAGAAAGUGAAAGAACACUCACUUUGUCGCCUCAGAUUCCUUUCUUUUCCAUUUUUAUGUCUCUCUCUUCCAUAUUUCGUAUGUCAGCUGGUGGGUCAGUGUGUGUUUCUUUUGUCAGGAUUCUCUUGCGCUGCCUAGAAAAUAAAGAAUUUUGAGUACUGCCCCCACAUACCAAAUUAAAGAGAAGAGCGCAGAAUCUCUUUCAUUCUUUUAUAUUCUCUCACUCACUCUCUUCUCCAAUAUUUCCUGCUAUCUUUCUUUGCUUUUCAUAUGAAGACGGUCAUGGAUUCCUCCUCCUCCAGAAGACAUUUCCACUGGACCCAGAAGGUAGGUAGUGAAGAAGAAGACGAUCAAUGCCCACUCCCAACUCUCAAGCCCUCCUCCGAACCGGCCGAGCUGGAAGAGGUGAAGAAAAAAAACAGAGUCGUCUCUCCAGAGCCGCAGUCGCAGCGACCGCAUACCGCAGCCCAACCACAAAGGAGGAAGAUGCCGGCCGUUGCAGUUGCGCGGUUGCGUUCGGUUCUCACGGUUUUUGCCAAAAAUCGGUCGACCCUUUCACCAGGACUGGGUUCUCGGGUCAUCGGAACCCUUUUCGGCUCUCGGCGUGGCCAUGUUCACUUCGCAUUUCAAAGGGACCCUAACUCGGAACCUGCGUUUUUGGUAGAACUUGCGACGCCUAUUAGUGGCUUGGUUAAAGAAAUGGCGUCUGGGUUAGUCCGAAUUGCGUUGGAAUGUGAUAAAGAGAAAGAAGGAGAAAAGAAAGCAAUGAGACUUCUAGAACAGCCUCUCUGGAGGACAUUUUGCAAUGGAAAGAAGAGUGGUUUUGCUACAAGGAAGGAUUGUGGUGUUAAAGAGAUGAAAAUCCUCAAGGCCGUGGAGCCAAUUUCUAUGGGUGCGGGUGUUCUACCAGGAAACUAUGAAGCGGAAACCGAAUCCGCGGGAGCUGAAUCGCCUGAAUCUGAAGCCUGUUCUGAUAAUGAAAUUAUGUACAUGAGAGCCAAAUUUGAGAGAAUUGUGGGUUCUAGAGAUUCUGAAGCUUUCUACAUGAUGAACCCAGAUAGCAAUGGAACUCCUGAACUCAGUAUCUAUCUUCUUAGAGUCUAAUUAAGGUGCAGCCAUGAAAGCUCUGGGUCUUGCUCAUUUGCAAAAGAAUUUAGUCAAGCCUUGAUGGAGCCUAGCUAGCUACAUUUCUCCAUAACCUUACUUUUGUUUUUAAUUUUCCUUUUUCCUUUCUGAUCUUUUGGGAAAAUGGUUAGUGGGUUUAUUGUAUUUUGUUAGAGUAGGUGGGGGGGCAAUACAUUAUAACAUGAUGGGAGGAGGGGCCAUGAAGGUGUAUAUGUAUAGUUUUUUGUUCAGUCCUUUAUAUUUGAUAAGACAAGGUGGGUGUUGCAAUCAAAUGAUUGUCUUUGCAUUUUGGUUAAA